AUGCUCACCACAACUACGUCUGUCUACACCCUAAACCAUGGCGACGCUAACAAAGAGCGCGAGCGUCUCGACUUCCAGCAUGGUGUCCUCAAAGCCAUCAUGGGAGACAACUUUCCAGACGUCAUCUGGAAACAUCUGAACAGCAUAGCAGCGCCCAAGGUCGCCGAUGCGGCCACCGGCAGUGGUAUUUUUCUCAGAGAGAUUGCCACAAAGCUCGCGACUGACGCUCAGCUCGAUGGAUUUGACAUGGACGCGAGCAAAUUCCCCGAUCCAGCUCUGUUGCCCGCAAAUGUCAAUCUACAUAUCGCCAACGUCUUGGAACCAUUUCCAAAAGAGAUGCUGGGACAAUAUGAUCUUGUCCAUGUGAAGCUGCUCUACGCCGCAAUGAAGAAAGACGACUGGCUUCUGGCGGUGAAAAACCUAAAGACACUGCUCAAGUCGGGCGGCUAUUUGUUCUGGUCCGAGAUUGGAGCUUACGGAUACGCCAGCAACCCUUACUCAGCGGCGUUCCAUGAAUGGAAAAGAAUAGAGUCCGAAGCGGCCGUCAAGCUUGGCCGUGACCCUAAAUGUCCGGUUCUUCUUCCGAACCAGUUCCGUGAGGCUGGUUUAAUAAGUGUUGAUGAGAAGGUUUUUGUCACGUUGGGAAGGCCGGAUCUGAUUCCCAUCAUUACAAAAAUGGCGUUGACAUACAUGCCACAAAAUCUCUAUGGUCUUUUGAAACUUAAAGUUGACGGCCUUGACUUGACUGAGGAUAAGGUCAAAUCCUUGGUUGAUACCGUUGCCAAAGAGACUGAGAACGGAGUAGAGCUCGGUACCAAUUUCCACUGGGUUUGGGGCCAGAACACUGGAGUAUGA